UGUACUGAUUCUCACCUUUCAACCUGUCUUCACGCACUGACUGCAUGCAUAGACUGACUCAAACAGCUGGGAUGACUAACAAGCCGUGACUCGGUCUGCUGUAUGGUCAGUAACAAUUUCUGACACGGCUGAGGACGAAGUAAGCAAGAGUAAUGGUCCCAAAGAAGUUGAUGAAGGGGGACGGAAAACCGAAAUUUCACUACUAAAUAUUCCAUGCUUGGAAAAGGAAGACGAUGUUUUGCCUGGAAAUGAAACUACAGCACUUGGUGCAGCUACAAGAACGUCUUCGCCUAGCAAGAAGGUUAAGAAGACCAGCUACCUGCUGCUGACUGUCCUUUGUGGUAUUUUGCUUGGAAUCAGUCUCGGAUUUCUGAUGGUUCUCAGUGUAUUCUUCGUUGAGAUCAUAGACACGUUCCAGGGGUCUCGAGCUCAGACGUCACUCAUCCAAUCAUUUUGCUUGACAGUCCUGCUUGGCUCCGGAGCUCUAGGAAGUGUACUGUUAUCUCGGUUCGGCGUGAUGAGGAUUGGGCUGUUCGGUGGUGUGCUGGCCACAGUGGGUUGUGUGGCAGCGAGCUUUGCCCCGUCAGUCCUGGUUCUCGUUGUCUGCAUCGGAGCACUCACAGGCGCUCUAAGAGAUUUAACAGGGACGUACGACGCGUUUCUUUAUGUGACAAUGUCGGCAUCUCUAGCCAGCAGCGCAAGCCUCUUCGUGGUGUGGUGUUUUAAAAAGAAGAGCAUAGAAAACACAGCACAACUAUUAUUAAUCCACAUUAAUAUAGUUCGUCUGAAUCAAAACAUGAGAGAGUUCUUUCGUGUGUUUGAUAUAGCAAUACUGUGA